AACACAAAUUGAGAAAAAACUAUUAAAACAAGAGACCAGAAACAUCGUGAGAAAACAAAAUGAGCAGUGCAAAGGUGGUGUUUGUUCUCUUCAGUCUUUUCCUGAUGGGUUUUUGGGGAAGAGCUGAUGCAUUGACGGCGGCGGAGUGCAAGGAGGAGAGGAGAAUUCUGGUGAAUGCGUGUAAGGCAGUGAUCACGAAGCGGCCGCCGACGGCGUUUUGCUGCGAAAGGCUGAGGGUGACGCACGUUGAGUGCGUUUGCCCAGUCAUUACUCCAAUACUGGCGGCCCUUAUCGAUGUCAAUUACGCUAUCAAGGUUAUCCAAGGUUGUGGAAGGCAAGUGCCUCGUCAUUUCAAGUGUGGAAGCAUCACAACUCCAUAGACCUGGGUAGACAAUUAUCAAACGGUUUUAAAUGACUUAUGAUAUAUUGUGGUUCGAUAUAUUAUGAUACAACUCUAAGGGGACAUGUUGUGUAUUGUGAACAAAAUAAGCAAAGAAUUCAGUAAUAUAUAUACUUGCUAUAAUAAUUUGAAAUAGACUACUGUAUUUAAAUUUU